AUGUGGUAUAACCGUCUUAGUGAGUACUUGCUGAAGGAAGGCUAUAAGAAUGAUCUUAUCAGUCCAUGCAUAUUCAUAAGGAAAUUCGGUAAAGGAUUUGUCAUCAUUGCGGUGUACGUUGAUGAUUUGAAUAUUAUUGGAACUCCUGAAGAGAUUUCAUAUACAGUAGAAUACUUGAAGAAAGAAUUUGAGAUGAAAGAUCUCGGAAAGACGAAAUUCUGCUUGGGAUUGCAGAUUGAGCAUCUUGUGGAUGGAAUUCUACUGCACCAGAUGGCGUACACUGAGAAAAUUCUCAAAAGGUUUUUCAUGGAUCAGUCUCAUCCUUUGAGUAGUCCAAUGAUUGUGAGGUCACUUGAUGUAUUAAAGGACCCUUUUCGCCCUCGGAAAAACGAUGAAGAAGUUAUUGGUCCUGAAGUACCAUACUUAGUGCCAUAG